UCAUUAUUGAGGGUACAAUAUAGAGAGCUUCAUAAAUUUCUCAAAUCUAUUGUAAAUAAAUUUUAUCUUAUUUUUUUGUUUGGCUUUCAUUUUUUUUCUGAAGUUUAUGAACUAAUAAUACUUUUUUUUUAAUUCUACAUUAUAUGCUGCAUCGAAAUUUACAAUCUUAAAUUUAGUCUUUGCUUGUUUCAUUGUGCAUGAAUGUUUCUUUUCCUUCCCUUUCUUCUCUAUAAUUUUUUCGUUCUUCCAUGAACAAAAUCCUUUCAACUCGUGGGCUUCGUCGGCUCUCACACCCAAUAGCAACCGCCUCCUCCUCCUUAGAUGAUCAAAAACUCCACUAUCAUCUAUUAUGGAGAUACCAAGUCCUAGACCCAAACUCAUACAUUGUAACACAAUGGAAUUAUAUUUUCCUCCUUACUUGUGUCAUUGCACUAUUUAUCGAUCCUCUUUAUUUCUUUCUCCCAUCAGUUGGUUCCGAUCACGCAUGCCUCUCCUCUGACACUUCCCUCCUUGCAUCUGUUACCGUGUUUCGUACCCUUGCUGACCUCUUCUACGUCCUUCACAUUGCAAUAAAAUUCCGCACUGGUUUCAUUUCUCCAAGGUCAAGGGUUUUUGGGAGGGGAGAGUUGGUAAUGGAUCCUAAUGAGAUCGCAUGGAAAUAUCUCAAGUCUGAUUUUGUCAUUGAUUUUGCUGCUUCUUUACCUCUUCCUCAGAUAAUGAAUUGGUUCAUCAUACCAAAGAUGAAGAGAACAAAAGCAGAUCAAACAAAUUAUACUCUCUCACUCAUUGUCUUAUUUCAAUAUAUUCCUAGGUUUUUUCUAAUGUUCCCAUUAAAUAAGCGAAUCAUCAAAACUACAGGAGUUGUUGCUAAGACUGCUUGGUCGGGAGCAGCUUAUAAUCUUCUUCUCUACAUGCUAGCUAGUCAUGUUUUGGGAUCUAUAUGGUAUACGGCAGCAAUAAGCCGGCAAUACUCAUGUUGGAGAGCACAAUGUAAUGAAGAGAAAAAAAGAUUUCCUGCAUGCUUACCUAAAUAUCUAGAUUGUUCAACAGUUCCAGAUGUUGAUAGACAAUAUUGGUAUAAUAAUACUAAUUUGGUCAUUAAUUGUGACCCAAGAAAUGAUGAUGCCUCUUUUAAAUUUGGAAUGUUUGCUGAAGCUUUUACCAGUGGAGUUGGUUCCUCAAAUUUUGUUAGGAAAUAUCUAUAUUGCCUAUGGUUUGGGCUCAAGAAUUUAAGUUCUUACGGGCAAAAUCUAGACACAACCACCUUUAUUGGGGAAACAUUUUUUGCGAUAUGUGUUUGUAUCGGGGGAUUAUUUUUGUUCUGCCUCUUGAUCGGAAAUAUGCAGACAUAUCUACAAUCGUUGACGGUCCGUGUUGAAGAAUGGCGAAUAAAACGAAGAGACACCGAAGAGUGGAUGAGACAUCGUCAAUUGCCUCCGGCAUUGCAACAACGAGUUCAUCGAUUUGUUCAAUAUAAUUGGCUAGCUACAAGGGGGGUUAAUGAAGCCUCUAUUUUGUGCUCUUUGCCUUUGGAUUUGCGUCGUGAAGUACAACGUCAUCUAUGCCUUAACCUUGUUCGACGUGUACCAUUUUUCUCAAAAAUGGAUGAGCUUUUGCUUGAUGCUAUUUGUGAGCGUCUUGUUGCAACCUUGAGUACGCAAGGCACAUAUAUAUUCAGAGAAGAUGAUCCUGUAGAUGAAAUGCUUUUCAUCAUUAGAGGGCAACUUGAAAGCUCCACAACCGGUGGUGGAAGGUCUGGAUUCUUCAACUCGAUCACCUUACGACCAGGUGAUUUUUGUGGAGAAGAAUUGUUAACAUGGGCAUUACUACCCAAUACAAACAUAUGUCUUCCUUCUUCCACAAGAACAGUAAAAGCACUAAGCGAAGUUGAAGCCUUUGCUCUUGGAGCAGAAGAUCUUCGAUUUUUCUCCACGCAAUUUAAGCGUCUCCAUAGUAAAGCUUUACAAGACGCAUUUCGAUACCAUUCACAUCAAUGGAGAAUGUGGGGGGCUUGCUAUAUUCAAUCUGCAUGGAGAAGAUAUAGGAAAAGAAACAUGUAUUAUAGUAUGGAGGAUGAUGAUCAAAGCAAUGACUACCAUAAUAAAGCACUAGAUGAUACUAAUAUUUCCUCGAACAUAACGGUUUUUGCUUCUCGGUUUGCUGCCAGUACAAUGACAGGGGUUCAUCAAAAGGGUCAAUUGGUUAAACCUUCCACAAAAGAUGACUUAUUAAUUUAAUGGACAUAACAUCUUAUAAAAUAUAAGUUUUCUUGAGAACAUUGCACACUUUUUGGAGAGAUUUUUUUUUUUUUUUUUUUUUAAUUAAGGCAUUCAAGAUGAUUGAUGAUCAAACCUUCAAAUUAGAUUCAUUGUGAUAAAUAGUUUUUUGGAAAACUUAUUAUCCCAAAGAUAUUGUUUGAUGGAUUGCUAGAAUUAAAGUCACCGUGGUUAUUAUAUUUACGCUGUGAUCUAUUUGAAAAAAAAAAAAUAUUGACAUAAAGGACAUAAAAUGUGGUCCAUUUUCUUUAUGUUGUCAAAAUUAUAAAUUAGUUAAGAUUUUUUUUUUUUUUUAAUUGGGACGUACCUACUC